GUUCUACGCCAUUGAAAAAUGAAAAAUAUUAAUCCGAAAAAGCGCUGAAGUGGAGCUCAGCUUAAUGAAAUCUGGACUGUUCCACCAACCAAGCAACCAACCAGUAACAUUGAAUGCGUGCCAUUGAUCUUUGGUGUACGGAUUGUAGGUAGUGUACCACUUGUUUACCUCAGCUGCCAAGUUGAAGGUAUAGGCGACUUGACAGCCAGCUUGAACAUCAAAGAUUCAAAGCCAAGGUGAUCCUAUCAAGACCUAAAUCAGAUAACAACAACACGGCCCUCCUUGUUCGAGUCCCGAGCUUUAUAUUCUCUACAGGUUUCUCUUUUCAAGAUGGCGCAAGUAAUAACCAACUCUGGCCACGAUGACAUGAUUCAUGAUGCUGUCCUCGACUACUAUGGCCGACGGCUUGCAACAUGUUCCUCGGACAAGACGAUUAAGAUAUUCGAGAUCGAAGGCGAAUCUCAACGGCUGACUGAGACGUUAAAAGGUCACGAAGGCGCAGUGUGGUGUGUUUCGUGGGCGCAUCCUAAGUACGGCAACAUCCUCGCCUCGGCAGGCUACGACGGCAAGGUCUUUAUCUGGCGCGAACAAUCGAACCAAUGGCAAAGAAUCUUCGACUUUGCUCUCCAUAAAGCCUCGGUGAAUAUGGUCGCAUGGUCACCGCACGAAUCAGGCUGUCUUCUGGCGUGCGCGUCAUCUGACGGAAACGUGUCCGUGCUCGAGUUCAAGGACAACAACUUCUCCCACGUUUCGUUCCCGGCACACGGCCUUGGUGUCAACUCGGUUUCCUGGGCACCUGCCACAACGCCUGGUAGCAUCGUCUCUUCCGCACCUCCAGGCCCGGGUGCUCUUGGCCAGCGCCGUUUCGUCACGGGAGGCUGCGAUAACGUGCUUAAGCUGUGGGCCUACGAUCCUGCCUCGCAAGGAUACAAGCAGGAGCGGGAGCCAUUGGCAGGGCACACAGACUGGGUACGAGAUGUGGCAUGGAGCCCAACAGUACUGCAGAAGAGCUAUAUUGCAUCGGCGUCGCAAGAUAAGACGGUACGAAUCUGGACGAGCGAUAAUGCUAGCCAGGGACAGUGGUCGUCUAAGGUCUUGAACUUCGACGCAGAGGUGUGGCGCGUCAGCUGGAGUCUUAGCGGGAACGUAUUGGCCGUUAGCGGCGGCGACAAUAAGGUUUCGUUAUGGAAGGAGAACUUGCGAGGCGAAUGGGAAUGCGUCAAGACGAUGGAGGAAUGAGAACCUAGGCCUAGUCCUAGUAGAUGAAGGAAUCGAUUACGGGGACGGGUCGAGGAUGAUUGUCAUGAAGCCCGGCGUUCAUAUGUAGAAGAGGCAUUGAUUUGACAGGACUGUUGGUCACUAAAAAGCAGGUCUACUUGCCUCCUGCGACGGCCUUAAAACUUAGGAAAUAAACGUGAUAUCUUAUAGCGGUCGUAGAGAUGGUAAUAUGAGGUUUAUUUCACGGGUGUGAUACUAUGACUUGUUUUAGGGGAUGACCAUGAAAUUCUUUAUCUUCUUUCGAUCCUUACCUAUGAUAGUUCAUGAUAUUCGCUAUAUUCGAGCUGAGAAAGGAAGACAUACUUCUAUUUGCUAUUAUGGUAUUACUUGGACUAAGACAAGUAUAAUCAUCUAUCA